AUGGGGCCUUAUCAACCAGAUAUAUUGGAGUAUCCGGCUACAAAAUUUGGAAAUCAAAAUCGUCGGUUUCAGAAAAAAUGGUUUCAGAAAUUUCAUUUGUUAGAGUAUUCGCCUUCAACAAAUAAGGCAUAUUGUUUUUAUUGUUUUCUUUUUCUGAAUGAUAUUAAUUCAUCUAAUAUCUCGGCACUAGUCAGUGAAGGAUUUGACAAUUGGAAAAGGGUAAACCAAGAAAAAACAUGUGCAUUUCUUGCCCAUAUUGGUUCUGCAGCUUCUUCGCCUCAUACUAUGUCUGAGAGAAUGGCUGAAAAUUUGAUGAGACCCUCUCAGCAUAUUGAUAAUGUGAUGUAUGUUCAAGCUAAAGAAGUAAAGGAGAAAAAUCGUUUACGUUUGAAGACCUCAAUUGUCACUGUUCGAUGGCUAGCACUUCAAGGUUGUGCCUUUAGAGGUAACAAUGAAUCUCUAUCUUCAUCUAAUUGUGAGAAUUUCCUUGAAUUGGUGAAGGCUUUUGCAAAAAUGAGUACGGAAAUUAAUGAAGUUGUACUUGAGAAUGCUCCAAAAAAUGCCCAAUAUAUUGCUCCAGAAAUUCAGAAAGAUAUUUUACAUAUUAUAGCCAAUAGAGUACGACAGAUGGUUCGUGAAGAAGUUGGAGAUAAAUUCUUCUGUAUUCUUGUUGAUGAAGCACGAGAUAUAUCUAAACGAGAGCAAAUGGCCAUUAUCUUGAGGUUUGUGAGCAAUCAUGGGAUUUUGACAGAAAGAAUUUUUGCUAUCAAAAGUGUUAGUGAUACUACCUCAUUGAAUUUGAAAAAAGAAAUAUCAAAUGUUCUUGUUCAUCAUGAUCUACAAGUUAAGAAAAUCAGAGGCCAAUGA